AUGGAUAAUGCCUUGUCCCACAGCCGAUUUGGAGGAGGCCAGAUUUUGAAAUCUCACAUUACUGUUAGUCUGCGGAGAGUGGGGACCUUUGACAGACUGACUACACUGACUACUACUGCCUACACUGACAUUGAUACACAAGCAACACUGGGUAGUAAUCACAUUGUCCCGUUCAGUUUCAAAAGGAGAGAAGCGGACCUCAUCCAGAAACUUUCCAGCAGGCUACAAGAGAGACUGAGAACACACAGCAUUGAAUCAUCAGGAAAAUUGAAGAUUUCCCCUGAACAGCAUUGGGAUUUUACAGCAGAGGACUUGAAAGACCUUGGAGAAAUUGGACGAGGCGCUUAUGGUUCUGUCAACAAAAUGGUCCACAAACCAAGUGGGCAAAUUAUGGCAGUUAAAAGAAUUCGGUCGACAGUGGAUGAAAAAGAACAGAAGCAGCUUCUGAUGGACCUUGAUGUAGUAAUGCGAAGCAGUGACUGCCCAUAUAUUGUUCAGUUUUAUGGUGCACUCUUCAGAGAGGGUGACUGUUGGAUCUGUAUGGAGCUCAUGUCUACCUCGUUUGAUAAGUUUUACAAAUAUGUAUAUAGUGUAUUAGAUGAUGUUAUUCCAGAAGAAAUCCUAGGCAAAAUCACUUUAGCUACUGUGAAAGCACUAAACCACUUAAAAGAAAACUUGAAAAUCAUUCACAGAGAUAUCAAACCUUCCAAUAUUCUUCUGGACAGAAAUGGAAAUAUUAAACUCUGUGACUUCGGCAUUAGUGGACAGCUUGUGGACUCCAUUGCCAAAACACGAGAUGCAGGGUGCCGGCCGUACAUGGCGCCGGAAAGGAUAGAUCCCAGCGCGUCCAGGCAAGGCUAUGAUGUCCGCUCAGAUGUCUGGAGCUUGGGGAUUACAUUGUAUGAGCUGGCCACAGGGCGAUUCCCAUACCCCAAGUGGAACAGUGUGUUUGACCAGUUGACGCAGGUAGUAAAAGGAGACCCACCACAGCUGAGUAACUCAGAGGAAAGGGAAUUCUCCCCAAGUUUCAUCAACUUCGUCAACUUGUGCCUUACAAAGGACGAGUCCAAAAGGCCAAAGUACAAAGAGCUUCUGAAACAUCCCUUCAUUCUGAUGUAUGAGGAACGCACAGUGGAUGUUGCAUGCUAUGUUUGUAAAAUCCUGGAUCAAAUGCCAGCAACUCCCAGCUCUCCAAUGUAUGUUGAUUGAUAUUGCUGCUACGUCAAACUCUAGAAAAAGGGCUGAGAGAAAACAAGCUGUAAAGAAUUUUCAUCACAUAUUGCAGUGUUUUUAAUGCUCGCCCAGACACCAUGUGCAAUAAUAUUGGUGUUAUUUCCAUCCUGUCUGUAUACUGUUGUCACGUAUAAAGUGCAUCCCUGUAAUAUCUGAUCACACAGUGUUAGUGUUGGUCAAAGAGAGACCUCAUCUGCUCUUUUGUGGACAUAUUCAUGAAAUGUGGAAAUAAGUACAUUUAUUUGUUGACCGUGAUUGGAUAGCACCUAAAAUUCAUUUCUAGACUCAAAACUUGGAGACUCCUCAGCAGCUACUGGAAAGAUUUUUCUCUCAAAUUCUUCCAGUUGUUGUUUCAAGUAAUAAUAAAAAGCAAACAAACAAAAGUUAGGCGUUGUCUGUCUGAACAUUAAGAGACUUUGCCUGGAGGGAGAAGAACUUGCUUAACCAACGAGAUGCUUUGCCUUCUGGAGCUAGAAAGGCAAAGGAGAAUUUUAUUCUUCACAAAGUGCAAUAGAUUUACCGCUAUGAAAUUCUGUUGCUUUACAGUCGCAGCGUACUUUCUGGGGACAGUGUGCUCAGCUGAACUUCCUGUUAAAAGAGAGAUCAUGUUAAAUAUAGUGAAUAUGUCUUUACCAAAAAUAUGUCGCAUUGAAAGAGGCUAACAUUAAACUUUUCAGAGAUGGGACAUAAUGUAUUCUUUCUCCUUUUACCAAGCCAGCCACUCUUCGCUCUUAACUAGGCGUCCUGUAAAUUGUUACCUGGUAAGAUAAGACCUUUGAUCUGAAGAAUUAUUAAACUACUCAAUUGAAUUUAA